AUGCUUCUCCUCGACUACCAGAAUGUGCUGAUCCAGUCCCUCCUCACCGAACGCUUCUCCGGCACCACCCCGCCCUCGACCAUCGACCAGGUCGUGUCCGACUUUGACGGCGUAACAUUCCACAUCUCGACCCCUACCUCAAAAUCCGAGAUCCUCAUCUCCUUGUCGAUAAAAUGCUACCGAGAACUCGUCGAGUACGGGGCGGAGCAGGUCCUCCAGCGCGAGUACGGCCACUACAUCACGACCACGGAAGCGGGCUAUGACUUCUCGAUCCUCGUCAACCUCGACAACCUGCCCCCCACGCCCGAAGAACGAGAAGACCUGGUCCGCCGCAUCUCGCUGCUCAAGCGCAACGUCAUGGCCGCGCCGUUCGAGCGGGCGUAUGACGAGUUCGCCGCCCUCGCCGAAGAAGCCGCGAAAUACACGUCAGAGUCGGCACCCCAGGGCGUCGCGGAGGGCGGCCAAGUCAUGGCCAUCCACUACCGCGAGGAAGAAGCCAUCUACAUCAAGGCCAGCCACGACCGCGUGACCGUGAUAUUCUCCACCAUGUUCACGGACGCCGUGGACCGCAUCUUCGCAAAGGUGUUUCUGCAGGAGUUUGUGGACGCCAGGCGCCGCGCCAUCCAGAACGCCCCGCAGGUGCUGUUCAGGAGUGAUCCGCCGUUGGAGCUGCAGGGGUUGAGGGGCGUGGGCAAGACGGGCGAGAAAGGCGAGAUGGGCUUCAUCACGUUCGUGCUGUUCCCUCGACAUCUGACGCGGCAACGCCGGGAAGAGGUCAUCUCGCAUAUCCAGACGUUCCGCGACUAUUUCCACUACCAUAUCAAGGCGUCAAAGGCGUACAUCCACUCGCGCAUGCGGCGGAGGACGGCUGAUUUCCUGCAAGUUCUCAACCGUGCCAGACCCGAGACGGAAGAAAAGGAGAGGAAGACCGCGAGCGGCAGGACAUUUAGAGUUCAAGGCUGA